AUGAGCCAACCUGUCAAUCAAGCUGAUCCAAGCUGCAGAAAUGUCAAUGCCAGGACUUUAUGGGGUAACAAGACAUACACCCAGAUGAGCAAAAACUUCCAACUCAGCCAGAAUAGCGCAAACGUAGCGAGAGCGAGAACGUUGAUAAUUGGACUAGGUUGCGCGAAAUAUAAACGUGAGUUUGGUGAUUCGGGAGACACGGAGUCCUACUCACGACACGAUUGCAUAGGCAAACCCGAUGGUCGCAAGAAGACUCAUACGGGCACCAGCGGCACCCAUAAGACCUUGUUGAAGCUAACGGGAAUAAGUACUGGAGUCAUUGUUGAGGGCUUCAUCACUGGUGUCUUUCCUCCAGUCCUUCUGGCCAUCCUCUUCUUAAUCCUUCCUUAUCUUCUCAAAGCUUUGAGCAGUUUGCUUCGUGAUCUCCAGAAUCCUACCGGGCUUGUCAGGGACAAUCAACAGGGAAUGCAG